AUGAAUAUCGAAGACAGUCAAACAAUGGUCAUGUUAAAACCAGAUGAAAACAAACGCAUACAUGGUUCAACAAUAAGUUUUAAUUCAAUAAAUUACAUGAUUUCUUCGAAAAAAUGGUACAAUAUUAUUUCUGAUCUUUGCUUUCAAAAUCAACAAAAACAAAUUCUUUACAAUGUUACCGGAAUUUUUAAAUCAGGUAUGAACGCAAUUCUUGGACCAACAGGAAGUGGAAAAUCAACAUUAUUAGAUAUCUUAGCCAAUCGAAAAGAUCGACAAGGUUUAACAGGAGAAAUACUUUUAGAUGGACAACCAUAUAGACAAGAUAUCAAUUCAAGAAUAGGUUAUGUUGUGCAAGAUGAUAUACUUAGUGAAACAUUAACUGUUAGAGAAAAUUUAAUGUUUUCAGCUAAUCUUCGAUUACCAAGACAUAUUCCUUUUAAAACUAAAAUCAAUAUUGUUAAUCUUGUCCUUUCACAAUUACAAUUAGAAAAAUGUGCUAAUUCAAAAAUAGGUAGUCAAAGUAGUCGACGAAUAUCUGGUGGAGAACGAAAACGAACUAAUAUUGGCAUGGAAUUAGUUUUAUCGCCGACAGUUCUCUUUUUAGAUGAACCAACAAGUGGUAAGUUCAAUUUUAAUUUUAAUUAUUUCAUUCUCUCUUACAUAAUUCUAUUAUUAAAAAAAAAAACAAUCUUGUUUAUUGAAGGUCUUGAUUCAUCGACGGCUAAUAAUAUAAUAGAAUGUUUGUCUCAACUUUCUCAAAAAGGACAUACAAUUAUAUUUUCUAUUCAUCAACCUCGUUAUUCAAUAUUUAAAUUAUUUGAUAAUUUGCUUUUAAUGGGUGCUGGCCAUUGUAUUUAUCAUGGUUCAGUUCAUGAUGUUCUUCCAUUUUUUUCUUCAAUUGGUUUAACAUGUGAAGAACAUGAUAAUCCAGCUGAUUUUAUUUUGGAUGUCUGUCAAGAUAUACGACAUAUACCAUAUCCUAAAGAUGAUAUCGAUAAUGAAACUGAUCAAAGAAAGGAUAACAUUUGUCGAUAUUUGCACGACGUUUUUAUCAAAUCACCUAUUUAUGAUUCAAUUCAACAACAAAUUCAAGAUGCGAGUAAGUCGUCAGAUGGAACAUUAAAUAAACAAGUUAAAGUAGUGUCUCAUCCAUGUUUAAUUGAAAUGUGGUAUGUAACUCAACGAGCAUUUCGUAAUUCAUUUCGAAAUAGUACAUUAAUGAUAAUGCAAACGAUCGUUCCAAUAUGUUUAGCAAUACUUGUUGGUUGUCUAUAUAUGAAUACUGAUCAUACAUUUGAGAAUGGAGUUAAAAAUCGUUUAGGUGCUAUAUUUUUUAUUGUUUCAAAUGAAGUAUUUAUAAAUUUAUCAGCAUUAGAAUUGUUUAUAAAAGAACGUGUAUUGUUUGCACAUGAAAAUGCAAGUGGAUAUUAUCGUGUUUCAACGUAUUUUAUUUCAAAAUUAAUGUGUGAUAUAAUAUUAUUACGAUCAUUUCCUUCAAUUGUUUUCUCAUUAAUAUCAUAUUUUAUGAUUCAAUUUCAACAAACAGUUAACAAAUUUUUUAUAUAUCAAUUAGCUAUAUUUGCUACAUCUGUUUGUUCAGCAUCAGUAUGUUUUUUUGUUUCUGCAAGUGUCGAAACAAUAGGUGUUGCCAAUUUAGUUGCAGCUUCAUUUUGUGUUGUAAUGCUUGUAUUUACAGGAUAUCUUGUUGAUGUAACAAAUAUUGUCAAAUUUCUUUCAUGGAUUAAAUGGGUUAGUCUUUUUCGUUAUGCAUCAAAUGUAAUUACUAUAAAUGAAUUUACUCAAUUAAAACUUUGUUCAACAAACAAUACAAAUAAUUGUUUAAUCAAAGGUGAACAUAUUCUUGAUAAUCACAAAAUCGAUUAUUCAACUACAUGGGAUUUAUGGAAAAAUUUUGUAGCAUUAGCUGCAAUUACUUUCUUUUUUUUUAUAUUGACAUUUAUUCAAUUACUAAGACUACCAGGACGAAGUCAUCGAUAA